UGUAAGAUCUAUUGAAUAGAGAUAUCGCAGCUGUAUUUUGAUGGAGAAUAUGCAACCAUACUAAUGCGAAAUGAUAAGAUAAGCUACGAAAUAAUAAAAUGAUCUUUGAUUUUGAAUAUUUAGACAAAUUUUUAAAAUGGAACUUAAAUGUGCAUUUCAAACAUAUGAUUGGGGAAAACGUGGUAUUAACAGUAUCGUAGCAAAUUUGUUGAAGACAGCUAAUGCUGAUUUUGUGUUGGAUGAGCAGAAGCCGUAUGCAGAAUUAUGGAUGGGCACUCACCAGAAUGGUCCAUCGCAUCUCAAAAACAUGGAAAUUUCUUUACAGAAAUAUAUCCAAGAAAAUACUAAUGUACUAGGUAGUAAUAUAGAAAUACGAAACUUUGGUAUUGACUUACCUUUUCUCUUCAAAGUUUUGUCUAUAAAUAAACCUUUGUCCAUUCAAGUACAUCCAGAUAAGGAAAAAGCAGAAGUGUUACACGGACUGUUUCCAGACGUCUACAAAGAUCCAAACCAUAAACCAGAACUUGCAAUAGCUCUGACUCCUUUCAAAGCAUUCUGUGGAUUCCGUCCAAUCAAUGAUAUAAAAAAAUAUCUGGAAGAGUUACCAGAGCUAUGUGCUGCAGUAGGAGAGACUAAUGCACGUCAGCUACUGAAAGCGAAUAAUUCUUUAGUCACUGAUGCUUUAAAAAAGUGUUUUUUUACUCUUGUAAAUCGUGAUUCUGUAAUGCUCUACAUUACACAAUUGUUAGAAAGAUUGGAGAGGAAAGAUGAUGUUUAUAAGAAAUCACUGAAUUUUGAUUUGCUGAAACGCUUGCACGCUGAGUUUCCUGGUGAUGUGGGUUGUUUUGCAGUGUAUCUGUUAAAUUAUAUUACUUUACAACCAGGUGAAGCCAUAUACAUUUCACCAAAUGUAGUUCAUGCAUAUCUUUCUGGUGAUUGCAUAGAAUGCAUGGCAUGUUCAGAUAAUGUUAUAAGAGCUGGUUUAACACCUAAACAAAAAGAUGUGCCAAAUUUAAUGCAAAAUAUGGCAUUUGAUUGCUCGUUAUCUUCUAUCCAAAAAUUAUUACCGUAUCGGGAAGAUUUAUAUACCGAAGUUUUUCGUCCGCCAGUGUCAGAAUUUGCAGUUGCCAAGAUCACAAUACCACCUGGGCAACCAUUUUAUAAACUAAUAACUAGAAACUCGGCCAGUAUUUUGAUAAUAGUGGAUGGCAAAGGGAAUAUAUCUUCCAAAACCUAUUGUCGUGGCUCUGUUCUAUUCAUUCCUGCUAAUGAAGAAAUAAAAAUUGAAGUUUUAUGCUUCUGUCACCCCAUGUUGAUGUUCCAAGCAUUUGUAAAUGUUUGAAAAAGUCGGUUAACAUAUACCUCCGUACCGACUGACAAAAUGUAAAAUAUGACUAAUAUAGUCAUUUUGACAUAUUUUAAAUAAUUUUCGGCCUAUUUUGGCUCUACAGACAGGUAUCAAAUUUUUCUAAUUCUAAUGAAUUUAUACAGUUUUUUUCCAAGACACAAAUUCAAAUGUGUGUUUGUGAAUCCUAUUGUUUAGAACUUUUUCUAUAGAAAUUUUAUUGAUCAAUAUCAUUAAUAUAUUGUAUUAUAUACUUUAUUAAAUAAAUCUAGUGUAUGUAUAAAUAUA